UUUUGCCACCAAACCUUGACCACAGGUAUAAAGAAUUUGCCUUUCUACAAUCUUUUUAUCCCAUAAAAAAAUUCCAUUUUUUCUCUCUCUAACGUAAUACUCAUCAAUGGCGCCGGAGAAGGAGAUAAUUUUCCGUUCAAAACUCCCAGAUAUAUACAUACCAAAACACCUACCGUUACACUCAUACUGUUUCGAAAACAUUUCUACCUUCAAUAACCGCCCCUGUUUAAUCGACGGAGCCACCGGUGUGGUACACACCUACGCUGACGUCGAGCUCACGUCACGAAAAGUUGCUUCCGCUUUUCACCAGCACGGCAUCAACAAAGGUGAUGUCAUCAUGAUACUACUUCCGAAUUCACCAGAAUUCGUGUACUCGUUUUUUGGUGCAUCGUACCUCGGUGCGGUUUCCACCAUGGCAAAUCCGUUCUUCACCUCUGCUGAAAUCAUUAAACAAGCAAAAGCUUCUAACGCUAAAAUCAUCGUGACGCAAGCGUCACACGUACCGAAAAUAAAAGAGUACGCAGCUGAAAACUCAAUCAAAAUCGUAUGCAUAGAUUCCGCUCCAGAAGGUUGCUUGCACUUCACGGAACUAGUUUCUGGAGACGAAACGAAGUUACCAGAAGUUGAGAUCUCGUCAGACGACGUCGUGGCGUUGCCGUACUCAUCGGGAACGACGGGAUUGCCUAAAGGAGUUAUGUUAACUCACAAGGGGCUCGUGACGAGCGUAGCGCAACAAGUGGACGGAGAAAAUCCGAAUUUGUGGAUACACAGUGAAGAUGUGUUGAUGUGUGUGUUGCCACUGUUUCACAUCUACUCGUUGAAUUCGAUUUUGUUGUGUGGGUUGAGGGCCGGUGCGGCGAUUUUAAUCAUGCAGAAGUUUGAUAUAGUGCCGUUUUUGGAGUUGAUUGAGAAGUAUAAAGUGACGAUCGGGCCGUUUGUGCCGCCGAUCGUGUUGGCGAUUGCGAAUAAUGAAGAAGUGGUGGAUAAGUAUGAUUUGUCGUCGAUGAGGACGGUGAUGUCAGGUGCGGCACCGUUGGGGAAAGAGCUUGAAGAUAUGGUUAGGAGGAAGUUUACGAAUGCGAAACUUGGACAGGGUUACGGUAUGACAGAGGCUGGACCGGUGCUAGCAAUGUGUUUAGCCUUUGCUAAGGAGCCCUAUGAGAUCAAGUCCGGAGCAUGUGGCACUGUGGUGCGCAACGCCGAGAUGAAGAUCGUUGACCCCGAGACAGGUUUGUCGCUCCCUAGGAACCAACGAGGAGAGAUUUGUAUUCGUGGCGAUCAAAUCAUGAAAGGUUAUCUUAAUGACCCGGAAUCGACAAAGACAACAAUAGACUCAGAUGGGUGGCUACACACAGGUGAUAUAGGGUUGAUUGACGACGAUGAUGAGCUCUUCAUAGUGGAUCGACUCAAGGAGUUGAUUAAAUACAAAGGAUUUCAAGUAGCACCUGCUGAGCUUGAAGCGUUAUUACUAACUCAUCCUCAAAUUUCGGAUGUUGCAGUAGUCCCUAUGGUAAACGAAGCAGCUGGAGAGGUUCCGGUUGCUUUUGUGGUGAAAACUAAAGACUCAAGUGUGACAGAGGACGAUAUCAAGCAAUUCGUACACAAACAGGUGGUAUUCUAUAAGAGAAUAAAUCGUGUGUUCUUUAUCGACACGAUUCCAAAAUCACCAGCAGGGAAAAUUCUUCGCAAAGAGUUGAGAGCGAAGCUUGCAGCUGGUGUCCCAAAUUAAAUUUCUCUACGUAGAUCAUCAUAAGAGUUCAAUUGCUAAAGAUUGUGUUUUUUGCUGUUGGUGAGUCAAAAUCAGAAUGUUGUUUGUAUGCUAACUCUUUUUUGAAGAUAUUGUUUCUAAAAAAGACAAUAUUUAGUUAUUUACUUAAAAUUUUGUAUCCCUAAGAAGCUUUAAAUAAAUAUUAAUUGAUGCUA